AGGGGAAGAGGAUGUGAUCAUGUGAUCAUUAACACAGGGGAAAUUGUGAAAGGGACCUUGCUCUAGAAAAGGCAACCACAGCUGCUUUACCUCCCAGAGGCCAGCUCUGUGAGGGCGGGUCUGAGAGCAUUCUUUCUGUCUUUCUGUCCAUCGACAUGGAGCCAAAGCGUGUCCGAGAGGGCUACCUUGUGAAAAGGGGCAGUGUGUUCAACACCUGGAAACCCAUGUGGGUUGUAUUGCUGGAAGAUGGAAUUGAAUUCUAUAAGAAGAAGAGUGACAACAGCCCCAAAGGAAUGAUCCCCUUGAAAGGAAGCACUCUGACGAGCCCUUGUCAGGACUUUGGCAAAAGAAUGUUUGUGUUUAAGAUCACCACUACCAAACAGCAAGACCACUUCUUUCAGGCAGCAUUCCUGGAGGAGAGAGAUGCCUGGGUUCGGGACACCAAGAAAGCCAUUAAAUGUAUUGAAGGAGGACAGAAGUUUGCGAGGAAAUCCACCAGGAGAUCCAUCAGACUUCCAGAAACCAUAGACUUAAGUGCCUUGUACUUGUCCAUGAAAGAUACCGAAAAAGGAAUAAAAGAACUGAAUCUUGAGAAGGACAAGAAGAUUUUUAAUCACUGCUUCACAGGUAACUGUGUCAUUGACUGGCUGGUAUCCAACAAGUCUAUUCGGAAUCGCCAGGAAGGCCUCAUGAUUGCCUCCUCGCUCCUCAGCGAGGGGUACCUGCAGCCUGCUGGAGACCUGUCCAAGAAUGCAGUGGACAGUGCCACUGAAAACCCUUUUCUGGACAAUGCUGAUGCCUUCUACUACUUUCCAGACAGUGGCUUUUUCUGUGAGGAGAAUUCCAGUGACGACGACAUGAUUCUGAAAGAAGAAUUCAGAGGAGUCAUUAUUAAACAGGGAUGUUUACUCAAGCAGGGGCACAGGAGGAAAAACUGGAAAGUGAGAAAGUUUGUUCUGAGAGAAGACCCUGCGUACCUACACUACUAUGAUCCUGCUGGGGGGGAAGAUCCACUGGGAGCAAUUCACCUAAGAGGCUGUGUGGUGACUUCGGUGGAGAGCAGCUCAGAUGGCCGGAGGAGUGAGGAAGAGAACCUUUUUGAGAUCAUCACAGCUGAUGAGGUGCACUAUUUCUUGCAAGCAGCCACCCCCAAGGAGCGCACUGAGUGGAUAAAAGCCAUCCAGGUGGUCUCCCGGACUGGAAAGUGA